UAAGCCAACAUGGGUGAAUGUCACAAUAACAGCAGCUUCUCCAUGACGCAAGACCUGCCGGAGAAUUGUCCUGACUCUUUCAAUUCCAGCGCAUACGAUCUGGACUAUGGAGUACCACGGGAGGAGAUCCCCGAUACAACGCAGGGAUGUGCGUUUUUUGUGGCUACCAUUGUCAUAGCCAUGGUCCUGGUCUGUAUCAUAUUAGUCUGUGGCAUUGGCAACUGUCUGUUCAUUGCCUCUCUGGCGCGCUACAAAAAACUCCGUAACCUCACCAAUCUCCUCAUUGCUAACUUGGCCGUGUCGGAUAUUCUGGUGGCUGUAGUGUGCUGUCCGUUUCUGUUGGAUUACUAUGUGGCGAAGCAGCUGUCAUGGGACCAUGGGCUUGUCCUGUGCGCCUCAAUCAACUAUUUACGCACGGUGUCCCUGUAUGUGUCCACCAACGCGCUGCUGGCAAUCGCAGUGGACAGGUACAUGGCCAUCGUCCACCCUAUGAAGCCUCGCAUGAAGUACCAGACGGCCUACAGCCUGAUCCUGGGCGUGUGGAUCGUACCCAUAGUCAUUUCCAUCCCCUCUGCCUACUUUGCUUCCGAGAUCACAUACCCGCGCAUCUCCAGUCAGAGCCACAAGACCUUCUGUGCCCAGAUCUGGACUGUGGACCACCAGCUCUACUACCGCUUCUACUUCCUCUUCAUCUUCGCCCUGGAGUUCGCCGGGCCCGUGGCCAUCAUGGCCGUGUGUUACGCACGGAUUUUGCGGGAGCUGUGGUUCAAGAGCGUGCCUGGCUUCCAGACAGAGCAGAUCCGGAAGCGGCUGCACAGACGGCGGAGGAUGGUGGUGGUGCUGAUUCUGGUGUUGGCCGCCUACGUGCUCUGCUGGGCACCGUACUACAGCUUCACACUGGUACGGGACUUCCACCCCACCCUGAUCUCCAGGGACAGGAACUCCCUGGUGGCCUUCUACAUUAUCGAGUGCGUCGCCAUGAGCAACGGGGUCAUCAACACGCUGUGUUUCGUGAGCGUCCGCAACACUGCCAAGUGCAUGCGGACAGUGACCAGGCUGCGCUGGAAGUCUGUCAAAUGUGCAGUGGGAAAGACGGUGGAUGAGCACACCUCGUCUUUACGCGUGACAGAGGAUGUUAAGUGCACACGCCUGAAAUAGAGGCCUGAUCCUGAGAUGAUCGUCUCUAUUGAAAGGUAGAACCAGCAGUAGACCAAGUGGAUUCUGGGAUGUUGCACACUUUUCCCAUUUUUUAAAGAUCCAAAAUGGUGAGAUAUAAGAUUGAGUCAAGGGAACGGUUUGGCGUCGGGGACAAGAGAUCCAGACUGCUGACAGAGUAGGGCUGCAUGAUAAGGGCAAAAAAAUCUAACAGCGAUUUUUUUGGACCAAAUAUUGCGAUUGCAAUUUGACUUGCGAGAAACAGUAGAUCAAAACACUUGGUGAAUUAUAUAAAUCAAAUCAAAUUAUUUAUAUUAAGAAGCAAAGUGGAAAGCAGCAUUGUUCUUGUUUGGAACAAUGCAUUGACUGCAUUUGACCUAACAGAACACCAUGCAACCUUAGAGUGAAUCUAACAGCGAGGAGGAAAAACUGCACUGUUCGAGUGACAGGGGGCAGAGCUUUGUAUGUGGGAAUAAUUUUGAAGUGAAUUAUAUUAAUUGUGCAGCCCUAAGACAGAGUGACAAUGUCCUGCCAAGUUCAUAACUUAGUUCAUACUGGCACAACGCCUCUCAUCGUCACUGCUAAUCAUACCAUGGAGGCCAUUUUGAAAAAACUCGAAAGUUUAAUGGAAUUAGAACUUCUUCACAAUGUGGAAUUACUCACGAGGAGGGCAUUUGACUUUGAAAGGAUUUUGCCUGUAUUUAUUCAAGAGGCUUGAUUUGAUGUAAUCCUGGAGGUUACUAAACAAACAGGUUAUUACAAGUCUCUAUGUUUUACAGUAAAUAAUUGAUCAGUUCAUAGUGUUUUAUAAUACACAUUUGUAUAUGAAAUAUACAUAGUUUUAAAAUAAUAAUAAGAGUGCUCUCUAUUCUUAUUUUAAAAUAAAUAAUUCAACCGAAACUAGCACACUUAUCGAAUCAAAGAAUCUAAGAUACAUUUAUUGUGGCGUGGGGAUAGCUAGACAAUUAAGAGUUAGGAUAGAUCCAGAUGGAUCAAUUCAUUAAGAGAUGCUUUCUCGUUUGACUCUUCUUUUUUUUUACCAUAAAUACUCUCAAAACACAUGACUGAAUAACAUUCCAUUCACAAAUCCAGAGACAUUACUUUACUUUGACAUUUUCUAACAUGUCAUUCCCCACCAGCACGUACACGACAGUGCUCUUAAGAGCAGUUAAUCAUGAGACCAAGUGGAGAAUAAAGUGUAGUGGUGCACCAUUAACAAAUAACAUAAUCCCAUAAUGAAACUAUCAGUCUACCAAGCCAGGUACCAAAUUGGCGCAACACCAAGUAAGCAUUUCACUGUAAAGUCUGCACUCGUUGUAUUCGGCGCAUGUGACAAAUAUAAUUUGAUAUGACCACGGCUAUCGGAGGGGGUCACACUGUAAAGCCUAGCAUGUGA